AUGUCAUUAGCAUCGAGUUUAGCUGUCUCAUCAUUCGAAUCCGAGUCGACAUCAUCAUCCUCAUCGACCAAACUCCGAACAGAAGCUGAUGCCGCAGCUGAUGCGGGUCUACAAUCUUCCGCCAGCGAAUGUGGUAGCAUCCUCAUCAUCACUAAAGGAAACAGCACUUCCAACACCUCCGAGGACUGGCCACCAAAUGUGAAUAGAUGGGCAUCUUUUGGAGUCGAGGCUCUUUCUUUGACACACAAUAGAAACCACCUUUCUGAUUUGAUAUCAGCAUGCACAAUAUGGAGGAAGUCAAAAUAG